AUUUUCCGCCAAAACUGUUUCUUAAAAAAAAUAUUAUUUUUUGAUGUAAUUAUAUAAUAAAUUUUUAUAACCAGCAAAUGAUGGAGGAGCAGAAACUACUAAAAAGGAAAAGAAAGGCGAAGAAUGAGGGAAAUGAGACAUUAUUAGUAUCUGCUUGUACGGAUUUAGCGGAAUUGUAUAUAAAAGAAGGAAGAUAUAAUUUGGCCAUUGAAGAAUAUGAAGUAAUUGCCGAUAUUUAUAAAAAACAAAAUAAGUUGAUUGAAUAUGCACAAGCGAAUCGAGCUAUUGGGGAAGCCUACAUGGGGUUGAAUAAUUAUGAAAAAGCUUUAGAACAUCAAAGGCUCUACUUAAAUGUUGCAAACGAAGAAAAUAACAAACUUGAACAACAAAGAGCAUUAGCUACGAUGGGUCACAUUUAUUUAUCGUGGUAUUUGGAAACACAGACAGAUCCUGAAGUAAAAUUAAAUGCUGCCUACAAGUAUUUCAUGAAGAGUUUGAUGAUUGCGGAAAGCCUCACUGGAAUAAAUAAACUAGAAAGAGUUGAUAUGAUGGCAAGGUUAUUUUCAAAUCUAGGGCUUGUGAAAGAGUGUUUAGGUGAUUACAGCAAAGCCUUGGAACUACUGAAUCGAUCUAUAGGAAUAUGUAAGCAACACGACAUAUACGAACAAUUAUAUAGAGGUUAUAUUUCUAUUGCGUCUUUGUAUGAAAAACGAGGAGAGUAUAACGAUGCUAUCCGCCAUUAUAACCUUGCAAUUGAUUCAGCAAAGAAACUUAAGGGCAAUACAAAUUUAAUAUGUGCUGCUCUUUUGGUGAAAUCUGAGGCUCUCGUAAAGCUGGCGGAUUUUCACGGAGCCAAACAAGUACUGCUGAAAGCGUAUAAACUAAAAACGCCUAAUAUUAAGGAAAAGCAGACGAUAGAACGCAACUUGAGAACAGUGGCGUUGAUGUGCCGUACGGAGGAUGAGCUUGUGAGUGCAGGUGGUAAUGAAAAGGAGAGAAAGAUAUUAUACGAGAAGAUGGGCGACAACGCUUGUGACCUUAAAAUCUUCGCGAAAGCUAUAGAAUACUACAAACUAAUGUUGGAGUGCGCGGAAAAGAGCGGCGUUAGCGGUCGAGACCUGGCUUCUUGUUAUUACAGUUUAGCGGAAACGUACAAAGAUAACGGUCAGUUUUCCGAAGCCGUGGCUUACUUUGAGAGAGAGUACGCUUUAUGUACCGAUUUGAAAGAUAGCCUGAAUACUCUUAGUAACAUUGCCGACACGAAAGAGGCUGGCGGGGCUCCGAUCGGCGAAGUUAAAGAGGUAUAUGAGAGGGCAUUUGCAGAAUGUCGUCGGUGUACAAAUUUGAGGGAAGAAAAGCGCAUGAUAUUAAGGUGUAUUGCUUAUCUGAGAAGGAACAAUAACCACACCGAAACGUUUGAGUUGAAUCGGUAUCUUGACGAUCAUUUAGAAGGGGUAAGUUUAGAGGACGAUUCUUCGUCGUCUGAUAAUGAAAGUGAAGAUUCCGAGAUCAAACGUUGUACGGGAGACGACAUAAACCUAGAUAAUAUUACAGACGAUUCGGAAGAUUCCGAUAUAGAAAACCGUCAGUCUACAAGCAAGGAGGGAAUGGCCGUCGGGAAAAGGAAGAAUAGAAGCUUUGUCGUUAAGAAGAACGCCAAGGGAGAAUCUCAACUGCACGUCGCUUGCAUAAACGGUAGCACUCCCGUUGUGCAUCACCUUGUCGAACAGGGCCAUCCCGUCAAUAUCAGGGACAAUUCCGGGUGGUUACCACUGCACGAGGCUUGCAAUCAUGGAUACGUGGAGAUUGCGAGGUUUCUACUCGAUAAAGGAGCCGCUAUAAAUGACCGUGGUGGGACACACUGCAAUGGCAUAACACCGUUGUACGACGCUGCCAACAACGGUCACCUUAAAGUCGUGGAACUCCUACUAGACAGGGGGGCGUCCGCUGUUGCCAAAACGGACGACGGCGACACCCCCUUAAGCAUCCUUCAAGAGUGGCAAAGCCAGAAUCCUCUUCACGGAGGCGAUUUGGUGUUGUAUAGAUCUUUGGUCAAAAGAAUGAGCGAGGCGAUGGAAAAAGCGGGACAAAGUACGAAAACGUUGGUCUCGGGUCAGGCGCCUACCAGCCAGAGAAACGAUGUAGUCAGGGAGAGGCAAAGGGAAAGACGGUCUCAGCUUAUGGAUACUGACGAAAGUCCUGAAUAUGACGAAGGUGGGAGUUGUUCGAGUGAAACGUCUAGCUUCGACGCCACAAGUGAGUAUAUAAAAGUUAUGGGAACUCUGAGGAACAAAACUAGCAACGUUAAUAUUUCUCCCGCCACAAGACAGCGUCUCGUUUCCAAGAGAUCUGCUCUGGUCGUCGCGGAGAACGAUAUCCUGGACGAUUGGUUAGAAGACGAUCUGCAAGCAUCUAAAGUAACUAAACGAAGAAAAACAGGGACCGUCGCUUCUUUGAUCGUGCCGGCAGUUCGCGCGGUCGGCUCCAGGACUGGAAACGCCCAGAAAAAAUCCCCGUCGCCAGCAAAGAAGCGACUGAGCAGUGAAUACGAGAUCCCCGAAACCUUUUCCGACGACGAUUUCAACAACAUCAUAACCAUCGACGACAGACCGAGCCCCGUCAGGGACACAAGGCGGUCAUCCAACGACAGCAGAAGCAGCACGGAAGGCCCGAGCGGCGUUAAACGGAAGAAUCAGGCUUCCUUGCUAGACUCCGGUUUCAGCAGAAUUCGUAGCGACUCCGCCGGCGCCUCUUUUAAACGAGCGAGUAGUUUCGAGAAGAGAAACAAAUCGCAGCAGCCGAAAAUUACGUUGUUCGGACACAGGAGUUUUGUGGAAGCCGAUUCCACGACUCCUGUAUCGUCGCAGACGCAAGCGACGGCAACCGUUGAUCAAACGCAGAGUUUGCCCCCUGCCACGGGCGAUCUUAUGGUCUUUGUGGACGUUAAAGUCGAAGGGAGGAUGUUUCGGGUACCCGUGUUGUUGUCGCAGGUGCAAACGAAUACGAUCGGUUGGUUGUCGGAACAAGCAGCUAAUAAAUAUGCCAGGAAAGAGUGUUCAAGGCCGACUUUAGAGUUGGAAACGACGACAGGCGCGUUGUUGUCCGAUGAGGAUCCUUUGAGUUUACUCUUCCCUUUAGGGGCUAUGCAAGCGGAGCCCGUUGUGGGCAGGGUUGUAAAACUGAGCUUGCCUCCCUUAGUCGAUAGAUACAAGGAAGCGAGCUUACAGACGGAUACGGAAAUCGAAGCCGUACUGUGUCACAUCCUCGAAGAGGUCUCUGUGAACUUGAAUCUUUCUAAUAAGGGCAUCUUGGGCGAAUCUCUCGUUCCUCUCUGCAGAGCUCUUAGUCAUCAGACUGCCCUGCUAGAGUUGGACUUAUCAGGAAAUUUUCUCGAUACAGAUUGCAUGACGAAGCUCUGCUCCACCCUGCCUACCCUAGUUAACCUUACCGCACUGAAUUUGAGGUGCACGGGUCUCGUUUCCGCUCACCUUGCGGAACUCGUGAAAGUUUUUACCUCCGUUACGGAGCCGGUUCUACCGAAACUAUCUAGUUUAGACUUGAGCGAUAAUUUUUUGAGGGACCGAAGCUUGCAGCACUUAGCGAGAAUGACCGCUCACUUGAAAUUAACCACUUUGAAUCUUUCUAACGUCAGAUUUACGGAGGAUUUGUUCAGAGACUUCGACGAGGAGAGUUGUCGGUUGAAUCUGAGCGAUGUUCGGUAUUUGGAUAUAAGCGAUAACGGUGUUACUGUGGAGGACGUAAGAAAAUUUCUUUGGUGGACGACGAAGAGUAAAUUGUUGGGUUUGAACGUCUCCAGAAAUAGUAGAGCCGAUGAGAGCCUUUUAGGUGCUUUGGUGGAUAGUUUUCAGGACGAUAUCUGUGGAGUGGAGCUAAAAUCGUUGAAUUUGUCCAGGAGCGAUGUACAAGAAACCGAACUCUACAGUUUUUUGAGGUUGUGUUCGAGAAGUUCUUUAUUGGACAUUGACUUGUCGUAUAAUGCAAAUUUGACAGGCGUAUCGCUGCGUCGACUGUUGGAGCACUCUUCCCUGCGAAAUAUUAAUUUGAUUGGUUGCGAUAAUAUUUUGCGAUAUUUCGAUGACUGCGGUGGAUGCGAUUUGCUCGAAGGCAGCGAUGCGAACGGAGAAAAAUUGUUAAAAAUUUCCACUGACCUACAAAGUUUUCCCGGGCAGGUCGCUACCCUUAUCGAAAUGUUUAAGAGUAAAUACUCCAGUUUGUACGUUGAAAAGACUGAUAACUUUUUACUUUUGUCUUCGAAAGCGUUAGUGAGCAGGUAGUUUUUAUUCGUGAAAGAAGAAGCCUUUUUAAUAAGUUUUAUAAUAAGAUUAAUAAAAUAAUCAGUUGUC